AUGAUGUUCCCCGGCCUCCUUGCGCCCCCCGCCGGGUACCCUAACCUCCUGCGGCCCACGCCCACCUUGACACUGCCCCAGUCCCUGCAGUCGGCAUUUUCCAGCCACUCCAGUUUCCUCGUGGAGGAUCUGAUCCGCAUCAGCCGGCCCCCUGCCUACCUGCCCCGAAACGUGCCCACCGCCAGCAUGUCGCCUCCCAGGCAGGGGGCCCCCCCGGCGCUCGCAGAUACCGGCGCGUCGGACCUGGGCUCCCCGGGUUCCAGCAGCCGGCGGGGCGGUUCUCCGCCUACUUCUGUCUCCCCUGCCAGCGAACCAACGUUUCUGAAGUUUGGGGUGAACGCCAUCCUUUCCUCGGGGCCCAGAACAGAAACAUCUCCCACCUUGCUCCAGAGCGUCCCUCCCAAGACCUUCGCCUUUCCCUAUUUUGAAGGUUCCUUUCAGCCUUUCAUCAGAUCUUCUUACUUCCCAGCGUCCUCCAGCGUGGUGCCCAUCCCUGGAACCUUCUCCUGGCCGCUGGCCGCCCGCGGCAAACCUCGGCGGGGCAUGCUGCGUCGAGCCGUGUUCUCCGACGUGCAGCGCAAGGCCCUGGAGAAGAUGUUCCAGAAGCAGAAGUACAUCAGCAAGCCCGAUCGCAAGAAGCUGGCGGCCAAGUUGGGCCUGAAGGACUCGCAGGUGAAAAUUUGGUUCCAGAACCGACGCAUGAAAUGGCGGAACUCCAAGGAGCGGGAACUGCUGUCCAGCGGGGGCUGCCGUGAGCAGACCCUUCCCACCAAGCUCAAUCCUCACCCGGACCUCAGCGACGUGGGCCAGAAGGGACCCGGGGACAACGAGGAGGAAGACGAGGCCUCGGGCAGUCCCCAGCGCCGCCUGGCCUACCGAGUGUCCCCGGAGCCUCCGCACCUGCGGGACCCGCGGCUCCCAGGGCCUCUCCCCACCUCACCGGCGCACUCGAGCAGCCCCGGGAAACCUUCGGACUUCUCCGACUCCGAGGAGGAGGAGGAGGGCGAGGAGGAGGAGGAGGAAAUCACCGUGUCCUAGAAGCCACUCCCGCACCCGCCCAAGUACUGUUUUCUAAGUGCUUUGAAAUUGAAGAGCUGGGGUC